AUGGAAAAUUCAACAAUUCAACAAAAAGUGGCAAUUGCUGCUGCUUCAGUACUCACAAAUGCAAAUCAAAAUGGUAAAAUUCAUCAAAUAUUAGAUCGGGAAGCAAACACUUUGAGUCGUGGAAAUGGUGGAAAUCAACAUAGAAAGUUGGUAAUUGACAUCAAAGAAAUGGUUGAAAGCAGCUUGGACCCUCCCUUAUCAUCACACAAGUGUUGUAUCUACAGCAUUCCGGUUGAUCUUCUCAAACUGAAUAAAGAAGCCUACACUCCCCGGGUUAUAUCGAUAGGGCCUUUCCACCAUGGCAGCAAAAGUUUAGAAACCAUGGAAAAGUUGAAACCGAAAUAUUUUAAGAGAUUCCUACAGCGGACUAACUUUAACGUGGAGAUUUUAGUAAGCACCAUAAAGCUGCAUGAAGAAAGUGUGCGUGGUUGUUAUGCAGAAACCAUCGAGCUGUUUAGGAGUGAUGAUUUCGUGAAACUAAUUUUGGUGGAUGGUUGCUUUCUUAUUGAGUUUUUCUACAGCUUAUUCUCCCAAGGAAUCAAUAGUGUUAUUCGUGAGAACCAUACACUGCUAAACCCAAUAUCUUGGCACGCAAUUAUGUUGGACUUGCAGUUACUUGAAAAUCAACUUCCUUUAUUUGUUCUUGAGAUAUUAUUCAGCCUUGCAUGUGCACCGAAUGAUAAGCAUCGGCCUUCCUUCACUUCGCUUGCAAUUAAAGUCUUUCAUGAGUACUUUCAAUAUCCGGAAUUUCCAAGAAAUCUUGAAGUGCAACCAAUUAGACACUUUGUUGAUUUGACCAAAGCAUUUUUACUUCCAUCAUCCACAAUGCUAGUGCUACCACAUGAAAGUAAGGAUCUUCCCAGUGCUAAUCAUUUAUAUACUGCAAGCCAGUUGUACGAGGCUGGAGUGAAUUUUAAGGUGAGCUCUGCAAGCAAAUGCUUACUUGACCUGAAAUUCACCAAUGGAACUUUGGAAAUUCCAUGCAUUAAUCUUGAUAAUUCGACGGAGACGACUUAUCGAAACAUCAUAGCAUUUGAGCAAUGCCAUUAUCCAUGUGAUUCACAUCUUACAGACUACAUUGUGCUAUUGAAUUUACUAAUCAACACUCCCAAAGAUGCGGAUUUACUUAUUAGAAAAGGAAUCAUCAUGAAUGGGCUCAGCAACAGCGGUGCAGUGGCAUCUCUUUUCAAUAAUCUUGUCACUAAUAUAAUAUAUUAUGGUGGGGACUCUGCUUAUCGUGAUUUGUUUCGAGAUUUGAAUGCAUUCUAUAAUAACACUAAGCAUACUUGGAAGGCUACCUUGAAACGUGAUUAUUUCGGCACUCCUUGGAAAAUAGCUUCUACUGCAGCUGCUGUUGCCUUAUUGCUACUCACUCUCGGACAAUUUAUAUGCUCCAUCAUCCAACUUGUGAAGAUGUGAAGAAGCUUUGUGCAUGAAAUUCUGGAACACUUACAUGGGCUGGGGCUAAGAAUGGAGAAAAUCAAUAGGAAAUUAAGCGAGCAAUAGAUCAUGAUAUGAAUUUUAUGCAACAAGAGUGAAGGUCAUGCUAUCAACCCGAUGGAUUCGAAUGAAGUGAUUUGUGUGUCUUUGUUU